GGGUGGGAUGCGAAUCUCUCGAGCGACUGAAGCAUAAAUUAUGUUUAUCGAUCGAAAUUGAAGUGCAUUAUCGAUGCUAAGCCAGACAACGGAACCUCGGAAGCAUGAGAGGAUGGUUCUAAAAUUCAAUAUCAUCAUCAAGACUGACUUAUGGAUGAGAUGAUGACCCAGUCAUUUCUGGUCAGUCAAGCACGUGUGGAUCACUUUCGAGUUUUCCCUCCGUUUACUUCCCUCUGUCAAUUUGGUGUCCAUUUCCCACACCUAACUCAAAGUGGUUAGAAGGGCUCUUGUCUAGAGAGGCAGUAACUGCUGCCAUUUAGGUCCAGCUUAUGACCAAUUGGCCAGUGGGAAAAUUCAAGCAAAGUGGAGCCAACUUCCCCCCAAUAAUCAAAUGCAUUUCUUCUUCUUCUUUCAACCUGAUAAAAUUGACAACUCUCUGUGAAGACAGCUUAUCAGAACCCCAGAGACCAAGAACAAGAAGAAGAACAAUAAGAGGAUUGACCAAAAGGAAGUGCCACAGUGGUUGUGCUUCUUUAAGAAUUUUAUUUCUUGGGACAAGGACAAAACCCUAAUUCUCUCUCUCUCUCUCUCUCUCUCUCUCUCUCUUCUAUCUCACAAGUAAAUAUGAGAUCUUGCACACGGUGGCCCAUUAUCUUUGCUUCUCUGCAAGAGGCUAUUUUCAUGGGUCCCGGCUUGGUGUGUGUGCCUCCUUUUCCCACUCUUUUGCCCUCCCAACACAAACAGUUCAACACCAACACACCGAAAGCACACGCGAUUUUCCAAAAAACCCAAAAACAUUUCUUUCUUCUGCAAACCAAAAAAAAAAAAAGAAACCCAAAAUUUUUUAUAAUAAUUGCAGAGAAAGAAAAGGACAAGCGUGGAGAAAAAGAGCAAGGCAAAACCCACUCCCCCCUCGCCCCUCUUAAAAAUCAACCCCCCAUCUCCUCCUUUUCGCCUCCGCUGCAACACCACAGAGAGAGAGAGAGAGAGAGAGAGAGAGAGAGAGAGAUUGGCUUGGCUUGGCUUGGCUUAAAGGCUUUUUCUUUGUGCACGAUGAGCUGAGUAGGACUCCAAAAGACCACUUCUUCUCCCCCCAAAGAAGAAGAUGGCAAUAGCACAGCGACAAGGUCACGACCCAUCGUCACCGCAAGAGCAAGAAGACCAUCCUUCCUUCUUGUUCGAUGAUGCUCUCUACUGUGAAGAGGACAGAUUCGACGAAGAAGACGACGACGAAGUUGAUGGAAUUCAAACGACCGCCGCUGAAAGCUCAGUGGAUCGACAACAAGACCCGUCGUGGGAAGAAGACGAGGAGGAGGAGGAGGCCGAGCUGCUCUCGCUCUUGUCCAAGGAGCGCGGGGCGAGGCCGGACGUCGGCGAAGACGGAGGCGCCCUCGCGGCGGCGCGGCACGAGGCCGUGGAGUGGAUGCUGCGGGUGUGGGGCGUCUACGGGUUCUCGGCGCUGACGGCGGUGCUGGCCGUGGACUACCUCGACAGGUUCCUCUCCGGCUCCCGCCUGCAGCGGGACAACAAGCCGUGGAUGACGCAGCUCGUGGCCGUCGCGUGCCUCUCCCUGUCCGCCAAAGUGGAGGAGACCCACGUCCCUCUCCUCCUAGAUCUCCAAGUCGGGGACGCGAGGUACGUGUUCGAGGCGAAGACGGUGCAGCGGAUGGAGCUCCUGGUGCUGUCCACGCUCGGGUGGGAGAUGCACCCGGUGACCCCGCUGUCGUUCGUCCACCACAUCGCCCGGAGGCUCGGCGCCGGACGGGGCGCGCACCGGGAGUUCCUCCGCCGCUGCGAACGGCUCCUCGUCGCCGCCGUCUCCGAUUCGAGAUCGCUGGGCUAUCUCCCGUCGGUCCUGGCCGCGGCGGCGAUGGCACGCGUCGUCGAGGAGGCGGAGCCGUUUCGUUCGCCGGAGCACAAGGCCCAGCUUUUGAGCGCCCUCCACAUGAGCCAGGAACAAAUAGAAGACUGUUGCAGAUUCAUUCUGGGAAUAUCUGAGACUGAAAGCAACGCCAUGAACUCGUCCAUCAACAACUCUCUGAAGCGCAAGCGUCACUGCGAUCAUCCAAGCCCGAGCGGCGUGAUCGACGCAUCGUUCAGCUGCGACGACGACUCGAAUGACUCGUGGGCCAUCGACCCGCCGUUCGACCACACGGAUGACAGCAAUCUCAAUCCUCUACCGAAGAAGAGCAGAUCAUCGUCGCUGCCGCCGCCGCCACUGCCGCUGCCGGCGGUGCAAGGCAAGAUGCUGGACUUGCCCUUCAUGAACAGGAGGCUCUUUGAGGGCAUCGUCAAUGGCAGUCCUAUUUAAUACUCUCUCUCUCUCUCUCUCUCUCUCUCUCUCUCUAGAAUUUGGAUCACCUUUUGAUUAAAUCAAAGUGAAGAAAUGUGAAGUGAAAGUUGAGGGCUUUGCGUCGAAGAAACGGGAGGGGUCUGCGCUUACGUCUGCAUGUCUUUUUGGCGCACGCUCUCAGUCUCUUCAAUGAUCUCGAAGUGUCCCUUUCACUUCAGAAUUUGCUUCAUGUAUGGACAGGGAUAUAUUAUGUCAUCAUUACAAUAAAAUACAAUUAUUUCGGAA